UUUCCUCAUUCUAAAAAAAUCAGAAGACUGAUUAAUUAGAACUCUUGGGCUCAGAAAGAAACUUUGCUGUUUUGGCUCUAUUUGUUCUUAAGUCACCAAAUCUUCUGUGAAACAUCUCUUUUGGAUAAUGGAAUAAUCUAAUUUUCUGUAGAACCUGCUCCCGAAACUCUUCGCAAAGAUUACAUACCAAAGGAAGAAAGGAAAAGUGAGGCUUACAGUGAUUCUGUUGAUUCGCAUAAUGAUGUGCUAGUGGUAGACCCUCAGGAGCUUAUGAAGGAGGAAUCCAUCAGUUCAGAGACAGAAGAAGCUGAAUCGUGUAGACCGGGUAGUGAGGUCGCAAACAUGUCAAAGAAACUUGAUGCACAAGAAGAAAUUAAAGACUGGGAUAAAGACGGUGAGAGCUUUGCAAGUAGCCAAGAAUGUGACACGUAUCAAAACAUAAUUGAGGAGCUUGAUGACCUGAAUCUUGAUUCUGAAGAAUAUUCAGUUUUCGCUCAGAGAAAUCAUGAGUGGGUUACUGUUGAAGAGGGAGAAUUCAAUGAUAUGGCAAGAUUUGAACAAGUUAGAAUAGCUAAUGCCCCAAAGUCCCUUCUGGAAUAUUUUAGUGGCGAUGAACUUGGCCAUGAAAAUAUCUUGGAAAGAUACUUUUCCCAAUUUGAUUUUUAUGAGCAUAUUCAUGGCUUCCAAGUCAAAACUGAUAGAGCUACUUGGAUCCAAUCCAGGAAGAUCAUUGUCCUAUACUUCGCAAGAACAGGUGCUGAAAUUACAAAUCAUAAGCAAUGGGCACUUGAUGAAUUAAACAACCGUGUAAUCAGAGACAAGAAUAAUAUAUACAAGAUGAUUUCGACAGAUAAUGAAGAGCUCUCUGAAUUCAAGCCAAGAGGAAGGAAUAAUAACUUAAGGGGAUGUGAUUUCAUACUCUGUCAGAUUAAUAAACCACUAAAGUUUUGGGUGAUAAAACUAGUAAAGCCCAAGGAUAAAAACAGCUCCACAAAUUAUAUAUCUUUUGAUCCAGAUUACUUAACUGAACUCCUGGAUAAAAGAACUCUCGAGUGUAUUCAAGCAGGUACCAUUCCUAAGAGACGUUCGAUCACUAGCAUUAUGCAAUGCUAUCAAUUUGAGAUCACCAAAGGAAUAAGAAGGUCAAGGCUCCUGGACAUCAUAAUUCACUCUAAUUAUCUCAACAAGGACGCAUUCAACUAUAUUGUCAGGACAUUUGCAAGAGACUACAAGAUCAAGCUUGAGAAGGGAAGCAGCUAUACUGCAGGAAAGAAAUUCAGGAAGGGAAUGAAGUGUUUCUGCCAGUACAUUUCAUAAA